AUGCCUCGCACUGUGAAGAAUUUCGAUAAGAUGGAACCGGGACUGCUCGCGUUGGAAUUCGGCGCGGAAUAUAUGGUACCUGGUGGGAGAUUCACUGCGAUGUAUGGUUGGGACAGUUACUUCAUCAUUUUGGGCCUGCUGAGCUCUUCGGACCCCCCGGCGCCUGACUUGUUGAGAACGGCAAUUUCUAUGCUAAAACAACAGGUUUAUGAAAUCGAGAAUUAUGGAUCUGUUUUGAAUGCCAAUCGAUCAUACUUUUUGAAUCGUUCUCAACCACCCUUCAUUUCAUCAACAUUAAUGGCUCUUCUACCGUAUAUUAAGAACGAUACCGAAUUCGUAUCAAGAGCUACCGCAGCGAUUGUCAAAGAAUAUGAUAACGUGUGGAAAUGCGGUCAUCGAUACGACAGAGUCACUGGACUCUCUAGGUACGAUGGGCAUCCUGCGACACAAUGCAGAGCGACUGAGCCCGGUCAUUAUGCAUGGAUGGAGAGUCUAAGUGGAGAUGCGCUGAAAAGAGCGAUUCGUUCGGAUAUGGCAAUACAAGAAUCGGGUCAUGAUACGACUGCAAGAUUGACGAGAACUGAUGCCUGCGAUAUGGCCACAGUCGACCUGAAUUGCAUAUUGUAUAGGAUUGAAUCUGAUCUCGCGAAGCUCCACGAGCCCUCGAGAGAUUGGCGUGCAUUGGCGCGCGCCCGGCGAGAAACCAUGUUACAUCUGAUGUACAUUCCGACACGUGGAGCCUUCUUCGACUACAACACCCGAACGAGAGUACUCGAUUCGUCAGUGCUCUCGGCGACUGGGGUGUCGUAUCCGCUCUGGUGUGGUAUGUUGGAUAGAGAUAGGACGAUAGUGGACAGUUUGGUGAAGACUUUGAUGACAAAACUGGCGGCUCCUGGAGGAGUGCUUUCUGAUAACAUCACUGAUGAUCAUCGAGGGUUUCGUGGUCAGUGGGAUUGGCCAGCGGGUUGGGCUCCUCAUCAGAUGCUCACAUGGAUUGGCUUGAUGCGAUUGAAUAAAGUCAAAGAGGCUCGGGAUUUGGCAUCGAGGUGGGUGAGCUUAGCGUUGGAGACAUUCAUAAACUACGGUUGCCUGCCCGAGAAGUUCGACGUUGUGUCCUGUACAUCAACAUUGAAUCUCGAAUAUGGCAAUCAGUGCACAGAUUUUGGGGACUUCUUCGGCUGGACGACCGCCAGCGUUGAGUUCGCUCUGCAGUAUGUGUUGACGGAUGGAGAUAUCGCAGAAAUCGAGAGAAAUAUGAAAAUGGUCGUGAAAAACCAUUAA